AUGGUUAAACAACGACAGCAAUCAAUCAAAAAACGUAAACCAGCAGGAAAAAAUAAAACAAAAUCACAAAAAAUUAAAAAAGCUGGUUCAAAACGUGCUGGUAAACAUAAAACAUGCGAAGUUUCAAAGAGAUCGACUUCAACAAAAUCCUCUUCAUCAUCAUCAUUAGCCAAACAACAAUGUCAACGUAAAGGACGCACACAAAAAGGAAAAUCACCCAGUAAAUUUAAUCUUUACAUGAAAAAAGCUUUACCACAAAUUAAACAUGAAUAUCCUGAAAUAGCACAUAAAGAUGCAUUCAAAAAAGCAGCAGAACAAUGGGCUGCAUCACCAGACAAUCCAAAAAAUAAGCAUCAUUAA